AGUAGGCCACUAGGCACCAGAAGCCCAUCCAGUCGCCGAUGGCUGGCGCGGCGGCGCAGGACGCUGCCGAGCAGCUGCUGCACCUGAAGCUCGCGUUCCUCGCCGGGGAGCCUCCCGCCUGCGUCCUCGCACUCGCCAGAUUUGGUACAGAUUCAAAUCCCACAACAACGUUUGAGUGACUUGCAGCGGACUGAUUUGUUGGCCAUAAAAAUGCCAUGCAAGCCAUGAAUACGCUUCAAGUUCAAAGGAGAAAUAGUUUUGUGUUUCUUUUUUCCUCUCAAAAAUUAUAUGUUGAUACAUAUUUAUGCAAGUGUUUUAUUUGGUUUGCAGAAAAGCUGGGGGAGGUUCUAUCACACCACAUGUCCAAAAUUUUCUUUUGGAGAAUUGCACUGGCACUAAUGUAGACGGACGCCAAAACUUUACUUAUACAACAACUAUUUUUAAAAGGAUUAUAUCUGAGGUUGAAUUAUCAUCGAGCACUGUGAUUGAUGGACUCUAUGAGGAAUUUGCUCAGCGUAUGUUGUCCAAAGCAAAAGAUUCAUUGUUAAAUAAGACUGAUCAUAUCUAUAAAGAGAUAUCUUUUCUUUCUUCUACAAAUGAUAAUGUUUCCUCAAGGCUAAUAAGUGUUGUUGCUCGACUAUCAUGUUCUUCUAAUAUGCUUGAAGGUGAUACAGGGUGCUCUCUUUGGCCAUCAAGUCUAUUCUUGUCAGAGUUUAUUCUUUCAUACCCUGAAAUUUUCUCCACAAAGUGUUGCUUUGAGCUAGGUUCUGGUGUCGGUUUGGUGGGUAUUUGUCUUAACUAUGUCGGUGCCUCUAAGGUUAUUCUUACUGAUGGUGAUACAUCUACACUCACAAACAUGAAGGAAAAUAUGGAAUUGAAUAACUUAUGCAUUGAACAGGAACAUUCUGAAGUGUUAAAAGAAAGUAAGAAUAAGGUAGAGUGCAAAUAUCUUUCUUGGGAACAUGUGUCUGAAAGUGAUUUAUGGGGCUACCAGCCAGACAUAGUUCUUGGGGCAGAUAUUAUGUACGAUCCAGUCUGCGUGCCGCACCUCGUUCGAGUACUCUCAAUGCUGUUAAGGCGAGACAGAAGACAAGGGGAAAACAAUGGAAAAUCUGGUGAUGAAUUUCAAACAGAGGGUCCCGUCGCGUAUGUUGCGACAGUUGUUCGAAAUGCAGAGACUUUCAACUGCUUUGCCAAAGCAGCUGCUGACGCCAAGUUGUCUGCUAUAAAUAUUGCCAGCAGUGCGGCUCCUUCAAAUCUUCUCCCCUAUAUGCUAUCAUAUGAUAGAUCAAGUGUGCAACUUCUUAAAAUUACUUCAUUGUCAUAGAAUUGAUAAGAAAAAACUUGUAUUCUUUAAGUUUCAUCAUCUCAACUCUCAUUGUAAGGGAUCAAACAUGUCGUUUACAUUUCAAAUGCUUCCUCAGUGUUCGUUUCUGAGAGUCCAUACUAUCGAAGGAAAUGGAAUAGUGCAGUUGUUUUU